UUGGCUAUAGGACACCAUUAAGAGAUAAAAUGAGUAGAAUUAUACGCAUCAGAUCUUUACAUCGGAACAUCCUUCCUGACAACAAUAGAUUAUAUCUUUGAAUGGGGGAAAAAAUUACAGGAGGGAACUUACUAGCCUUAACGACUCACGGAUGGCAGCACUGCUGCAUUGUGUUCAUAUCGGAAGGCGAUCAGAUGUUGCGGCGUUCACGGCGAUGACGCAUCUCCGCGGGGGCAGGCAAAAAGACUCAAGCGACAACCGCUAUCUGGCGGUGUCGUUAGCAACUAGGGGCAGAGGCAUGGCCCCCGACCUCAGGUUAAUUGCCUUGGCUCGUGUCCACGGCGUUUGUUUCCCUCGGCCAGGUCCUCCCCUGCUUCCUAACCCCGCCCGGCAGCCCUGGGGCAAUAAAGGGGAUCAUAUAGUGUAUCCUCUUGCGGGGCCAAUUACCUGCCCUGGUUUAUCGCCCUUCUGGGAGCCUCCUCCGGCUAAACUUAUUCCGAUCGCGCCCUUAUCUCGCGGGCCGGCAUAUGCAGAUUAA